ACAAUCACCCUCUCUCUCGGUUUCCCUUCCUCCCAACGCCAACCCCAACCAAAAACUCAAUCACAAUUUACUCAGACAGAACAGAGAUAACAACAACAACAAAAACAAAAACAACAACAACGUCAACGUCAGACAAGGAGUUUUGUCAGUUUCUGAAAAAAGAGGGAGGGAGGGAAAAAAUGGCAACAGAGGCAUCACCAAGAAGAAGAAGAAGUUCACCGGAUAAGAGUGGAAGAUCAUCAUCCACGUCUCUAAUGGAAAAUCUGCUUGGACUCCUCAGAAUUCGCGUCAAGCGCGGUGUUAAUCUCGCCGUUCGUGACGUUCGUAGCAGCGACCCUUAUGUUGUCAUCAAGAUGAACAGACAGAAACUGAAGACGCGUGUUAUUAAAAAGGAUGUUAAUCCUGAAUGGAAUGAAGAUCUAACUCUUUCUGUUACAGACCCUAAUCAUCCGAUCCAGCUGACCGUUUAUGACCAUGACACAUUUAGCAAAGAUGACAAAAUGGGAGAUGCAGAGUUUGAAAUCAAAUCAUAUAUAGAUGCCUUGAGGAUGAAUUUGUCAGGCCUCCCAAGUGGCACCAUAGUGUCGAGAAUACAACCAAGCAGGCAAAACUGCCUUUCUGAAGAGAGCUGCAUCACGUGGACUGAAGGCAAAAUGAUUCAAGAUCUCUGCCUCAGAUUGAGAAAUGUGGAAUGUGGGGAAGUUGAAAUCCAAUUGCAGUGGAUUGACCUUCCUGGUUCCAAGGGUUUAUAAAGUUUAUGAAUGAUGCUCCUUUAUUUGCUUUCCUUCAUGCAUACUGUAUCAGCUCUUCUACAACCCUGCGUAAUGUGAUGAGCUUCAUGUUGGGGUUAGUUUGUUCAUAGAUGUGUAAUGAUAUGACUUUGGAUGUUUUUGUAUUGUCCACUGUAUCCGGUUCGUAGCUCAUUAAUAGGGUUGAACAAUUUUUGGACGUUGUUACCAAGACUGCUAUGUCGUAUGUUCUCUAUUAUGGUUUGAUCUAAAUCUUAGUUUCAUGCACACUUUAUCAUGUAGUUCAAUGUGUAUUUGCAAAUUAUCAUAAGAAAAUUAUGUAAAGCACAUGAAAAAUGUCUGCAUUAUAUUUGCAUUUUGAGAUUGAUCUACUGAACUUUCAUUGACAAGCACAA